CCCGGGGGCUCGCGGCAGAGGCUGGAGCAGCAGCAGCAGCCCGCGGAGCCAGACGCUACAGUUUCGGCGGCUCGAGCAGCAGCAGCCCGCGGGCCGCAGCGAGGCGGAGCAGCAGGCAGACAUGCCGGUGACCGAGAAGGACCUGGCGGAGGACGCGCCCUGGAAGCGGAUCCAGCAGAACACGUUCACCCGCUGGUGCAACGAGCACCUCCGCUGCGUGAACAAGCGCAUCGGCAACCUGCAGAGCGACCUGAGCGACGGGCUGCGGCUCAUCGCGCUGCUGGAGGUGCUGAGCCAGAAGCACAUGUACCGCAAGUACCACCAGCGCCCCACUUUCCGCCAGAUGCAGCUGGAGAACGUCUCGGUGGCGCUCGAGUUCCUGGAGCGGGAGAGCAUCAAGCUGGUCUCCAUCGAUAGCAAAGCAAUUGUUGAUGGGAACUUAAAACUGAUCCUUGGCCUAGUAUGGACCCUUAUUCUCCAUUAUUCCAUCUCCAUGCCAGUAUGGGAGGAUGAGGGAGAUGAUGAUGCCAAGAAACAGACCCCUAAGCAGAGACUUUUGGGAUGGAUUCAGAACAAGAUUCCUUACUUGCCAAUCACAAACUUCAAUCAAAACUGGCAGGAUGGCAAGGCAUUGGGUGCCCUAGUUGAUAGCUGUGCGCCAGGUCUCUGCCCUGACUGGGAGACCUGGGACCCUAAGAAACCAGUUGACAAUGCUCGUGAAGCCAUGCAGCAAGCUGAUGACUGGCUGGGUGUGCCACAGGUGAUUACUCCUGAAGAAAUUAUUCACCCUAGUGUGGAUGAACACUCUGUAAUGACUUACCUGUCACAGUUUCCCAAAGCCAAGCUUAAGCCAGGAGCUCCUCUAAAACCCAAGCUGAAUCCAAAGAAAGCAAGAGCCUAUGGCAGAGGAGUUGAGCCUCAUGGAAACAUGGUGAAGCAACCUGCCAUCUUUACAGUUGAUACUAUCAGUGCUGGGCAGGGAGAUGUAAUGGUCUUCAUAGAAGAUCCAGCAGGGAACAGAGAAGAGGCAAAAGUGACACCUGACAAUGAGAAGAACAAAACCUACUCUGUACAGUAUGUGCCACGAGUUACUGGAUCUCACAAGGUUACAGUUUUAUUUGCUGGACAGCAUAUUUCCAAGAGUCCAUUUGAUGUAAAUGUUGACAAAGCCCAGGGUGAUCCUAGCAAAGUAACAGCAAAAGGACCAGGCUUGGAGGCAACUGGAAACAUUGCCAAUAAACCUACCUACUUUGAAAUUUACACAGCAGGUGCUGGUGUAGGUGAUGUUAAUGUGGAAGUGGAGGAUCCCCAAGGAAAGAAUAUAGUGGAGCUUAUGAUAGAAGACAAAGGGAACCAAGUCUACCGUUGCACCUACAAACCUACGCAAGCUGGGCCUCAUAUGGUCAGAGUGACAUUUGCUGGAGAGACUAUUCCAAAAAGUCCUUACAUUGUUCCUGUUGGAGAAGCAUGCAGUCCAAGUGCUUGUCGUGCCAGUGGUAGAGGUCUGCAACCUAAAGGAGUACGGAUCAGAGAGACUGCAGACUUCAAGGUUGACACUAAAGCAGCUGGGAGUGGGGAUAUCAAUGUGUUCAUAAAAGGACCAAAGGGCUUGGAUGAGCUUGUGAAACAAAAAGACUCUGUGGAUGGUGUAUACGCAUUUGAAUACUACCCAGUUAGCCCAGGAAAAUACAUUGUCACUAUUUUAUGGGGUGGACACAAUAUCCCCAAGAGCCCCUUUGAAGUUCAAGUAGGACCUGAAGCAGGUCCUCAGAAAGUGAGAGCUUGGGGACCAGGACUUCAUGAAGGAAUUGCUGGUAAAUCUGCUGACUUCGUUGUAGAAUCCAUUGGCACAGAAGUUGGCUCUCUUGGCUUUGCCAUUGAAGGCCCAUCUCAAGCAAAAAUAGAAUGUGAUGAUCAGAAUGAUGGCUCAUGUGAUGUGAAGUAUUGGCCCAAAGAACCUGGUGAAUAUGCUGUUCACAUUAUGUGUGAUGAUGAAGACAUAAAAGAUAGUCCAUACAUGGCUUUCAUCCGACCAGCUUCUGGAGACUUCAACCCAGAUAAGGUAAAGGCUUAUGGUCCAGGGUUGGAGAGAACUGGAUGCAUUGUAAACAACCCUGCUGAUUUUACAGUUGAGACCAAGGGAGCUGGGAAUGCACCUCUGAAGAUAUAUGCACAGGAUGCAGAAGGAAGCCCUAUUGAUAUCCAAGUGAAGAGCAAUCCUGAUGGAAUCUGUGCUUGUUCUUAUAUGCCAGUUAAACCAAUCAAACAUACUAUUGCAGUUGUCUGGGGAGGAGUUAAUGUACCCAAUAGUCCGUAUAGGGUUCUCAUAGGACAAGGCAGUCAUCCUCAGAAAGUGAAAGUAGUUGGACCUGGGGUGGACCGAGCUGGUCUGAAAGCUAAUGAGCCUACUCACUUCACAGUUGACUGCACAGAAGCAGGAGAAGGUGAUGUCAGUGUUGGCAUUAAAUGUGAUGCUCAUGUUAUAAGUGAGGAAGAGGAAGACAUAGCUUUUGACAUCAUACACAAUGCUAAUGAUACAUUUACAGUGAAAUAUGCACCACCUGCUGCUGGGCGUUACACUAUCAAAGUGCUUUUUGCAGGAGAGGAAAUUCCUGCCAGCCCUUUCAGAGUUAAAGUGGACCCCUCACAUGAUGCCACCAAGGUGAAAGCUGAAGGACCUGGACUAAGCAAAACUGGUGUGGAAAAUGGCAAACCAACACACUUCACUGUAUUCACUAAGGGUGCUGGGAAAGCACCAUUGGAUGUGCAGUUCAGUGGACCUGUGCCAGGAGAUGCUGUGAAAGACCUGGAUGUUAUUGACAACUAUGACUAUUCCCACACUGUUAAAUACACUCCAGUACAGCAGGGUCCCAUGAAAGUUUCUGUAACCUAUGGUGGUGAUCCUGUCCCCAAAAGCCCUUUCACUGUGGGAGUUGCUGCUCCACUGGAUCUCAGCAAAAUUAAAGUCAAUGGACUUGAAAACAGAGUGGAAGUAGGGAAGGAUCAGGAAUUCAUAAUUGACACACACGGAGCUGGUGGACAGGGUAAACUGGAUGUUAGUAUUUCCAGCCCUACAAGGAAAACUGUGCCAUGUGUGGUGGAGCCAGCUCUUGGCAAAGAGUGCAGCACUGCAAAGUAUAUCCCAAGAGAAGAAGGACUUUACAUGGUUGAUGUGAGUUACGAUGGCAAUCCAAUUCCAGGAAGUCCUUAUACUGUGGAAGCCACUCUCCCUCCAGAUCCUACCAAGGUAAAAGCCCAUGGUCCAGGCCUUCAAGGAGGUCUUGUUGGAAGACCAGCAGAAUUUACAAUAGAUACCAAAGGAGCAGGAACUGGAGGUUUAGGUUUGACAGUAGAGGGCCCAUGUGAAGCUAAAAUUGAAUGCUCUGACAAUGGGGAUGGGACAUGCUCAGUCUCUUACCUGCCUACUAAACCUGGAGAGUACUUUGUAAAUAUUCUGUUUGAAGAGGUUCACAUUCCCGGUUCUCCAUUUAAAGCAGAUAUUGAAAUGCCAUUUGAUGUAUCUAAAGUGAUUGCCACUGGCCCAGGUCUUGAACAUGGUAAAGUAGGUGAAGCAGGAUUGCUCAAUGUUGACUGUUCAGAAGCUGGACCUGGGGAACUAGGUGUAGAAGCUGUAUCAGAUUCUGGCUCUAAAGCUGAAGUCAAAGUUCACAAUAACAAAGAUGGGACUUACGCAGUUACAUAUAUGCCACUCUCUGCUGGAAUGUAUACGCUUAUGUUGAAAUAUGGAGGAGAGCAAGUGCCAAAAUUUCCUGCCCGUGUUAAAGUAGAUCCAGCUGUGGACACAAGCAAAAUUAAAGUGUUUGGACCAGGAAUAGAGGGGAAAGAUGUCUUCCGUGAAGCUACAACAGAUUUUUCAGUAAAUGCCCAGCCCUUGACAAAGACUGGAGGAGACCAUAUCCAAGCACAAAUCACAAAUCCCUCAGGUGCUUCCACAGACUGCCUCAUCAAAGACAAUGCUGAUGGAACAUAUGCAGUAGAGUUUACACCAUUUGAAAAAGGUCCACACACAGUUGAAGUGACUUAUGAUGAUGUACCUGUUCCAAACAGUCCUUUUAAAGUGGAUGUCACUGAAGGCUGCCAUCCAUCACGUGUAAAAGCCCAAGGAGCUGGACUCAAAGAAGCAUUCACUAAUAAACCAAAUGAAUUUACUGUUGUCACAAGAGGGGCAGGAAUUGGUGGACUUGGAAUAACCGUUGAAGGACCUUCUGAAUCAAAGAUAAGCUGUAAAGAUAACAAAGAUGGCAGUUGCAGUGCGGAAUAUAUCCCUUAUGCUCCAGGAGAUUAUGAUGUCAACAUCACAUAUGGGGGAGAACACAUACCUGGCAGUCCAUUUAAAGUUCCUGUGAAAGAUGUUGUUGACCCAUACAAGGUAAAGGUUGCAGGUCCAGGUCUAGGAACAGCAGUUCGAGCCAAAAUCCCACAGUCAUUUACUGUGGACACCAGUAAGGCUGGAAUAGCACCUCUUGAAGUUAUGGUGGCAGGACCCAGAGCUGAUGAAACAGAUUCCCUGUCAUGGCGCAGUCCAUUGAAAGCGAUUUCAGAGUUCUUUAAAGGUGACCCAAAGGGGGAAGCUAAUGAGCCAGGAACGGUGGAGCCAGUUAAUGUAGCUGACAAUGGAGAUGGCACUCACACAGUAACAUACACACCUAUGCAGGAGGGCCCAUACGCAAUCUCUGUCAAAUAUGGCGAUGAAGAGAUUCCUCGCAGUCCUUUCAAGGUAAAAGUGCUUCCUACAUAUGAUGCCAGUAAAGUGACUGCAAGUGGACCAGGUCUCAGCUCAUAUGGAGUUCCAGCCAGUUUACCUGUGCAGUUUGCUGUUGAUGCUAAAGAUGCAGGAGAGGGGCUUCUGUCCAUACAGAUAACGGACCAAGAAGGCAAACCAAAGAGAGCUGAUGUUCAUGACAACAAGGAUGGCACUUAUGCAGUGACAUAUGUCCCAGACAAGACAGGCCGGUAUAUGAUUGGUGUCAAAUAUGGUGGGGAUGACAUCCCAUCUUCUCCUUACCGAAUCCGUGCGUCGCCAGCAGGGGAUGCAAGCAAGUGUUUGGCCACAGGUCCUGGAAUUGCAUCCACUGUGAAGACUGGUGAGGAAGUUGGGUUUGUAGUAGAUGCUAAAUCUGCAGGGAAAGGUAAAGUGACAUGCACAGUCCUGACGCCAGAUGGUACGGAAGCUGAGGCAGAUGUUAUUGAAAAUGAGGAUGGGACUUAUGAUAUCUUCUACACUGCUGCUAAACCAGGAACCUAUGUGAUUUAUGUCCGCUUUGGUGGAGUGGAUAUUCCAAACAGCCCCUUCACUGUAAUGGCUACGGAUGCAGACGAAGUUGCAGUAAUGUCGCAGGAGCCAGUAAGCGCAUGUCCCCCUGGAUUCCAUCCCUGGGUCACAGAAGAACCAUACAUUCCUGUUGGUGACAUGAAUGGUGUGGGAUUUAAGCCCUUUGAUCUAGUUAUUCCUUGGGCUGUAAGGAAGGGAGAAAUAACAGGUGAAGUUCAUAUGCCCUCAGGAAAAACGGCUACACCAGAGAUUGUGGAUAACAAAGAUGGUACAGUAACAGUUGGAUAUUCUCCUACUGAGGUUGGGCUGCAUGAAAUGCACAUAAAAUACAUUGGAAACCAUAUUCCAGGUGACCCACUACAGUUCUAUGUAAACUAUCCAAACAGGAACGUGUAUGCCUAUGGACCUGGUCUCAUUUAUGGUAUAGCAAACAAACCAAGCAACUUUACCAUUGUCACAGAAGAUGCCGGAGAGGGUGGACUGGACUUGGCUAUUGAAGGACCUUCAAAAGCAGAAAUUAGCUGCAUUGAUAACAAAGAUGGCACUUGCACAGUCACUUACUUGCCAACCUUACCUGGAGAUUACAGCAUACUGGUGAAGUACAAUGACAAACACAUCCCAGGCAGCCCAUUCACUGCCAAGAUCACAGAUGAUGAUGGCAGAAGAAGAUCCCAAGUUAAGCUUGGUUCUGCUGCUGACUUCUUGCUCGACAUUAACGAGUCUGAUCUCAGCCUCUUAACAGCCAGUAUUAGAGCCCCAUCAGGUCGUGAUGAGCCUUGUCUUCUGAAAAGAUUACCCAAUAACCACAUUGGUAUCUCAUUCAUUCCACGAGAAGUAGGCGAACACCUUGUCAGCAUUAAGAAAAAUGGAAGUCAUGUGCCAAAUAGCCCUGUCUCUAUCAUGGUGGUUCAGUCAGAGAUUGGAGAUGCCAGCAGCAAAGUUUCCGGCCGUGGAUUGAUAGAGGGACGCACGUUUGAGAUGUGUGAUUUCAUUGUAGAUACAAGAGAUGCAGGUUAUGGUGGGAUCUCACUGGCAGUUGAAGGACCUAGUAAGGUGGAUAUUCAGACAGAAGCUGAAGAUGGAACCUGUCAAGUAUCAUAUUUUCCAACUGUACCUGGUGUUUACAUAGUGUCCACUAAAUUUGCAGAGGAGAUGUUCCCAGGUAGCCCAUUUACUGUGAAAAUAAGUGGUGAAGGAAGAGUGAAGGAGAGUAUCACACGAGCAAGAGGCGCUCCCUCUGUUGCAACAGUUGGAAGCAUGUGUGACCUUAACUUGAAAAUUCCAGAAAUUGAUAGUGGUGAUAUGACAGCCCAGGUAACUAGCCCCUUUGGAAGAACGGCUGAUGCAGAAAUAAAUGAAGUUGGAAAAAACACAUACUGUGUCCGCUUUGUGCCACAAGAAAUGGGGAUCCAUACUGUGGAUGUCAAAUACAGAGGACAGCAUGUCCCAGGCAGUCCUUUCCAAUUCACUGUUGGGCCACUUGGUGAAGGGGGAGCUAAUAAAGUAACAGCUGGAGGUCCAGGACUUGAGAGAGCAGAAGCAGGCAUCCCAGCUGAGUUCAGUAUAUGGACAAGAGAAGCUGGAGCUGGAGGGCUUUCUAUUGCAGUAGAAGGCCCAAGUAAAGCAGAAAUUGCCUUUGAAGACCGUAAAGAUGGCUCUUGUGGUGUAUCCUACAUUGCUCAAGAACCUGGUAACUAUGAGGUGUCCAUAAAGUUCAACGAUGAGCAUAUUCCAGAAAGCCCCUACCUAGUUCCUGUCAUCGAACCUUCAGAUGAUGCUCGUAGACUCACUGUUACUAGCCUUCAGGAAUCUGGAUUAAAAGUUAACCAGCCAGCAUCUUUUGCUGUAAGACUUAAUGGAGCUAAGGGCAAGAUAGAUGCUAAAGUUCAUAGCCCCUCUGGAGCUGUAGAAGAAUGUCAUGUUUCUGAACUGGAGCCUGAUAAGUAUGCUGUUCGUUUCAUCCCACAUGAAAAUGGUAUUCACUCCAUUGAUGUGAAGUUUAAUGGAAGCCAUGUGGUAGGCAGCCCAUUUAAAGUCAGAGUUGGGGAACCAGGGCAGGCAGGCAAUCCAGCACUUGUUUCUGCAUAUGGACCUGGCCUUGAGAGUGGUAUCACAGGGUUGCAAUCGGAGUUUCACAUAAACACAACCAAAGCUGGUCCAGGAACGCUCUCCGUUACAAUUGAAGGGCCCUCAAAGGUGAAAAUGGACUGCCAGGAAACUCCUGAGGGUUACGAUGUCAUGUAUACACCUAUGGCUCCAGGAAACUACCUAAUUGGAAUUAAAUAUGGUGGACCUAACCAUAUAUUGGGCAGCCCUUUCAAGGCAAAAGUCACAGGCCAGCGACUGGUUAGCCCAUGCAGUGCAAAUGAAACUAGCUCAAUCAUGGUGGAAUCGGUGACAAGGUCAUCAACAGAAACUUGCUACAGUGCCAUUCCCAAGUCUACAUCUGAUGCCAGCAGAGUGACUUCCAGAGGUGCAGGACUCUCAAAGGCUUUUGUGGGUCAAAAAAGCAGCUUUACUGUAGACUGCAGCAAAGCAGGUUCAAAUAUGCUGUUAGUUGGUGUCCAUGGACCCACAACACCAUGCGAAGAAGUUUCUGUGAAACACUUGGGAAACCACCAAUACAAUGUAACGUAUGUAGUCAAAGAGAGAGGUGACUAUAUUCUGGCAGUGAAGUGGGGCGAAGCGCACAUUCCUGGAAGUCCAUUCCAUGUCACUGUUCCUUAAGUUCUUCUAGGAUCUAAUCUUUGCAUCUGCAAUUCAGAUUUAUAAAAAUACUGUUUGCAGUUCUGUAGCAGAAUACAGUAUCUAGAUACGUGCAACUCACAUUUCAAUACAUCCAAAAGUAAAUUCAAUAACUGUUUUUAUAAGUGUUGCAACUUUUUACCUAAACACACUAUGUAAUGUAAAUCUAUUUAAUAUCCUUUUAAAAUUGUAACUUUAGUACUGUCAGUGGGUAACUAUCAACAUUAAGAAUCGUGGCUAACUGAGACACUAAUUUUCCUUUGUGGAUGUUAAAGACUUGAGAUAUUGAGAACUGGAAUUUGUCUUUUGUAAUUGGGUAUCUUAAACUACUGAUCUGUUUUUUGACUGGAGACUUUACAUUUAGUUGUGGAAUAUGACUUGGGCUGUCCCCAGUUCAAAUUCUUUCUGUAAAGAAGUGAGGUAAAACUGGUACUAAAUACGUGCCUUUGUAUACUUGACCAAUUUUUAAUACUUAACAUUAUGAAAAGUUAUUAAAGUGGCACUACCACUCAACAUGAGAAUAUUUUACAAAAUGCUUUGCUGAUUGUUUACAUUUAAGAAAAAUUGCUUAAUUUUGCUAUAGCAAACUUUAAGCUGCCAGGAAGUAACUUUGUCUGCUUUCAGCCCUUCUGCAUUUAAUGCCUUGUAAAAGUAUAUUAGCUUUUUUCCAUAAUGCUUGUAAUGGUGGCUUUAAUUAGCUUGGGCUUCUAGUGAAACUUACUAUAGAAGCUUGCUCCACAAACUGCCAGUGUGUGAUCAAUCAUUACUUUGGUCAUAACUUCCCAGGAGUCUUUGCUUCUAAGCACAAACUCCAGUCAGUUGGUUUAAAUCCUUAAAACAAGUUGUGACUCCAUACAGCUCAGAAGCCUCUCAUAAAAGGAAAAGAUUGAAAGCUUUAGUUUCACAUUUGGGGUGUUCACCUGCUCCAAACUGAACUUUAACUUUGAAAACUAGCUCUACACAGUAGCAUGUCUGACAUUAUCAAUGAAUAACAGUGCUCUGAAUCCACAAAGUAACCAUAGUAGGCACAAGCUUCUUGAUCAGAUCAUAAUCCUUUUAUGAGAACUGCAGUCUAAAGACUUCAGUAACACACCUUCAUUUCCUGAAAUCGCUUUCAUGCUGCAAACUUUCUAAAAUGCACAAGGGCUCAUCCAUCCUUAUUAAUACUUAGAACACUUAGUUCUAACUUUCAUGAUAGUGAAGUUUUCCUUCAUAAUAAAUACAUUCCAAAUGCUGAACUGAAGUUUACUGCCAACUGCUGUGGUCUGAGCACAAUUUUUGGCUAAAUAGCUUUAACUUUCAAUGACUAGGAAGGAUUGGUUGGAAAUAUGUUGAUGCUUACCUCCUAUCCCUAGUGAGAGGUUCCCACAUAUAGCUAUUUUGUAGGACUUGUAUGUCGAUGCACUACUUUUGAGCACAGUUUAUUGGGGAAAUUGAGUAAUUUUUUACCAUGCUUUGUGCCUUAAUGUGAAAUGCUUACUACAUUGUAAACUAGGACGUAAAAACAAAUAAAACUGGAAAAUGCAAGAUUGUAAAAUUGUAUCUUAACUUAUUAAAACAAUGUUGGCUUCAUUAAAAUGUGCAUGUUAAAAA